UCCCAGCACGCCAAGGGAAGGGCUGUGCCCAGCGCACUGCUGCCUGCUUCCUGCUGGCCCCAGAGAGAUAUAAGCGGCAGCACCUUGGUGAAGUGGGGCAGAGGAGUGGAUGCUGCGUUGGACGAGGAGGUAGCGCUGGCGAAAAAAGCUGCCAAGAACCACAGUAAGGAAGCAAGCUAGAAGCCUACCUGCAGGAUCUUUCAGAUCUUUUAUUACAUGCAUCAGUUCAAUUAUACAUAAAUUGGAUGAUGGCAGAGCCUGAAAGCACAGUCAUCAAUACCGAUGUGAAACAGAAAGAUCCCAGUGAGGCGCUAGUCAUUGCAGUGACCACCAGAGCCAUCUUCAACUUGGAGGAAGAGCACCAGCUCUACCUGGAGAAAGGAAAGGAGGAAUAUGUGAGGCACCAACAAGCCAACCAGGACAAGCCCCUACCUCCAGGCACAGCCUUUGCCUUCAUCCAGGCAGCACAGCAUGUGAAUGAGAAAAUCCUGGAGAGUAACCCAGCAGAGAAGGGCCUCUUCGACGUUCUGGUUCUCUCCAACAACAGCCCAGAGAGUGGCGUGCGCAUCAUCAACAGUGCCAAGCACUACGGCCUGGAGAUUUCCAAGUUCUGCUUUGUCAGUGAUGUGGACUCCACGCAGUAUCUGAAGUCCCACAGGGUCAAGCUCUUCCUCUCGGCUGACAGGACAGAUGUCUGCAAUGCCCUCCAAAGAGGGGUCUCGGCAGCGCUCAUCUUCCAGCAGGAGGUUCAGGCCCCCAGCACCCCACUGCGUGUGGCCUUUGAUGGAGAUGCCGUGCUUUUCUCUGACGAGACAGACCAGGUCUUCCGGGAGCAGGGCCUGGAGGGAGCCAUGCAGUAUGAACGGGCAAUGGAGGCUGUGCCCAUAGGAGAGGUGAGCAAGGGUCCCAUGAAAGCCUUUGCCAUGCACUUGGGGAAGAUACGCAAGAAGUUCAGCCAGGAGGAGUCCCCCAUUCGCACCUACCUGGUGACAGCCCGCAGCGGCCGGGACAUGGGCAUCCGAGCCAUCAAGACACUCCGGGAAUGGGGUCUGGCCAUCGAUGAGGCCUUCUUCAUGGAUGGGGCUCCCAAGGGUCCCAUCCUUGCACAAAUCCAGCCCCAUAUUUUCUUUGAUGAUGGCCUUCAUAACAUCCAAGGGGCUCAAGACGUGGGUGUGCCCUCUGCAUGGGUGCCCUCGUGCUGCUGAUGGACUAAGGACCUGCAGCCUUCCUUCUCCCCUCCAGAACAUAGAACUGAGCCCGUUGAAGGCAAACCUGGUGAAAAGGGAAGGAUUUCCCAGCCUGCAGCAAGAACCUCAUGGGGUGAGAGCAUCGCACGGGAACACUGGCUACCUGGGAAGACUUGAUGCUCAGUCCUGCUCCUGAGACAAGAUCCUCCAAGCCUCAAGAGCUAAGGGAUGCAACUUCUGCAGAAAGAGCAGACACCAUCUUAGGAGACCCAUGCAACCCCUGGAGCAGCUGGAGAUAGACCAGGGACAAAGCUGCAAUACAGGUCCCUUCAGGAGAGGGCACUGGAGACAGCCACCUGCAGUAGCAACUAGGUAGGCAACAGUGCUAUAGGACAUCAUCCCUCAACUCCAAACAGGAGCAAGGGCAAAGCCUGAGCUAAAUAAGGCCAUGGGUGGAGGCCAUAGGUGGGGGUCCCGGCUGUGUCUGCUUAGGGUAGAUGGGUCCCGAGUGUGCUUAGAACCCUGAUGACCCUGAGUAGUGCCUCUUGUUUGUCAGUUCUGACUCUGCUUCUAAUGCUUUCAGACAGAAAGCAUCCCCCAAAGCUUCCUCUGCAGAGAAAGCUUCCCUUUUUCUCCCCAGGGCUGGAUGCUAGGGACUGCCGCUAGAGGACACUGUGCUGCCUUGUUGCCACCUGUGCUGCUGGGAAGCAUGGUGGGUCCUCCAAAAGCACCUCAGAAAAACAACUAUUUGGCCCCCACUCUAUCUUGAAACUGUAAGUUCUCUCUGCUGCAUUAACUUCCUAUCCAUUUUUUUCAAAAAGGAAAGCAAAUAAA